CUAAGUUACCUUUAGGUCUCGAGAUCGCACCCUUCUUCUUUUAAUUCCCCAUAAUCUUUACACGACAAGCAAGCCUUUUCUACUUGACAUCCAUCUUCCUCGAACUCGAACCCCGUUAUAUACUUCGGCUUCGACCCAUUGUUUGCUACAACAUCCACACACAACCAAUUCGGAACAUCAGUUUCGUCGCACAAGACCCAGCAAAGACUCGAUAUGGCCAACGCUCCUUCGGCAGCUCGUCAGAACAACCAAUCGCGUACCAACGGUGUAGCCCGAACGAACGGUGCUCCUCGUGCAAACGGAGCCCCUCGAGCAAACGGAACAGCAGCUUCUAGAGCAGGCGCAUCUCGUCCGGCAGCCAGAGCAAACAGUGUUUCCUCCCAAGGUGACGCACCCGUGAACGGAGUUGGUUCAGCAUACGCCAUUAUGGCCAACCGAAUCGCAAACCGUGUCGCCGAGAUGGCAGAGAGCAUCACAUUCGUCGAGAGACCCAAGCCGCAACAAAACGGACAAAUUUUCAACGAAGAGCCAGCCGAGAAGAAGCGUCCUCGCAAGCUCGAAAUGCGCUUGGACCCAAGCAACGAUCUCAGCUUCAGCGCUGCCUUCCUCGACAACACACUACAGAAGAUGCUUGCUCUGCAGAACCGCAUGCUCAAGAGCACAGCAGACCUAUCAAAAAACGAGAAUGUCGAUGAGAAGAUUGUCAGAGAAGCGGCUGCACAGAGCGCAGAGCUGAGUCGUAUCAUCGCUCUCAUCUGUGCGGAGAAGGCACGUCAAGGAGCUUAGACUUUCUCUCUGGUCUCGGAGCGCGGAGAGCCACAGCACGGCAUCGAGAUGUUUUCUAUCUUUUCUUUAAUCUAAUUCACGAAGGGCUAUGAGGAGGAAAGGGCAUGAUUUUUUGGUCAAUCUUUUUGACGGCGGAUGUCUUUUUUACCAUGUAUCAAUACCAACACCGUACCGGGCGUUUUCUGUUUUGACAAUCACACAUCUCGCUUGCUUC